GCUGGACCCCUUGUGCCCCCUGGCUCCUUGCACCUGGCACAACAGAGCGAGAGAGCGAAAGCACCAGGGCCUUCACUCCACUCUUUUCCUGCCAAACUGCCAGACAAUCCAUCCUAAUCCCAACACCACCACCCUCGUCGCCGCCGAUACCCAAUCCUCACCUUCUCAAUCUCGCUCCGAGCUACCGGCCCUCUGUCUUGGACCUCGCUGCUCUCGUCUGUCAACCGCCCUUCUUCUCUUGUCUCUCGACCCGUCUCGACAACAAAGUCGUCCAUCCUUCAAAAUGCGUGAGAUUGUUCACCUCCAGACCGGCCAAUGCGGUAACCAAAUCGGUGCUGCUUUCUGGCAAACCAUCUCUGGCGAGCACGGUCUCGACAGCAAUGGCGUUUACAACGGCACUUCCGAGCUCCAGCUCGAGCGCAUGAACGUCUACUUCAACGAGGCCUCCGGCAACAAGUAUGUUCCUCGCGCCGUCCUCGUCGAUCUCGAGCCCGGUACCAUGGACGCCGUCCGUGCCGGUCCCUUUGGCCAGCUGUUCCGACCCGAUAACUUUGUCUUCGGCCAGUCCGGUGCUGGAAACAACUGGGCCAAGGGUCACUACACCGAGGGUGCUGAGCUGGUCGACCAGGUCCUUGAUGUCGUCCGUCGUGAGGCUGAGGGCUGCGACUGCCUCCAGGGCUUCCAGAUCACCCACUCCCUGGGUGGUGGUACCGGUGCCGGUAUGGGUACCCUGCUCAUCUCCAAGAUCCGCGAGGAGUUCCCCGACCGUAUGAUGGCCACCUUCUCCGUUGUGCCCUCCCCCAAGGUCUCCGAUACCGUUGUCGAGCCCUACAACGCCACCCUGUCCGUCCACCAGCUGGUUGAGAACUCGGACGAGACCUUCUGCAUCGACAACGAGGCCCUAUACGACAUUUGCAUGCGCACGCUCAAGCUGUCCAACCCCUCUUACGGCGACCUGAACUACCUCGUCUCCGCCGUUAUGUCUGGCGUCACCGUCUCCCUGCGUUUCCCUGGUCAGCUGAACUCUGACCUGCGCAAGCUGGCCGUCAACAUGGUGCCCUUCCCCCGUCUGCACUUCUUCAUGGUCGGCUUCGCUCCCCUGACCAGCCGUGGCGCCCACUCCUUCCGUGCCGUCACCGUCCCCGAGCUCACCCAGCAGAUGUUCGACCCCAAGAACAUGAUGGCUGCCUCUGACUUCCGCAACGGUCGCUACCUGACGUGCUCUGCCAUCUUCCGUGGCAAGGUCUCCAUGAAGGAGGUUGAGGACCAGAUGCGCAACGUCCAGAGCAAGAACUCAUCCUACUUCGUCGAGUGGAUCCCCAACAACGUCCAGACCGCCCUCUGCUCCAUCCCCCCCAAGGGUCUCAAGAUGUCCUCCACCUUCGUUGGUAACUCGACUGCCAUCCAGGAGCUGUUCAAGCGUGUCGGCGAGCAGUUCACUGCCAUGUUCAGGCGCAAGGCUUUCUUGCAUUGGUACACUGGUGAGGGUAUGGACGAGAUGGAGUUCACUGAGGCUGAGUCCAACAUGAACGAUCUGGUCUCUGAAUACCAGCAGUACCAGGACGCCUCCAUCGAUGAGGAGGAGGAGGAGUACGAGGAGGAGGCCCCCCUUGAGGGCGAGGAGUGAAUAAUGGUCUGAUGAGAUGUGCUGUCUGGAGUGGUCCAAUGAUCUAGGACUUUUUUACCGUCCUUAAUCAGUCAUCAUUGUACCCACGACACUUCUCUUCAUACCCCGUUCUCUUGUGUGCGUGUGUGCACAGCUGUUCCUCUUGUGUGGGACGCUUGAAGCUUGCGUGGAUAGCUAUUCGAUUCAUGAUUCAGGGGGAGAGCGGGGGUGUUCUGGUAAUCUUUGAAAAUGACAGACCCGGCCGAUCGUCCGAAGAAAAACAGAGCAGAGAACAAAAGGGGAAACAUUGAUUUUGAAAAUAUACCUCUUUGUAGUCAAAACCCUUUCCCCACACCUGGUAUCCAAGGUUCCCAGCCUCCUCCCGUUCACACGUGUACCUACCCAUCCACAUACAGGCCUUGAAUGUAAGGAGUGAUUGCCUGACAGGGUAGGGUGCCUAGCCCUGUCCCUGCCUGGACUGCCCAGGUGAGCUUCUUAAGAUAUUGGUAUGCCCUGCUCACAAGCAAAGCUUCCAAGGUUGGACAGCCAGAGGCAGGCCAGACCACACCAGAGCCAGACCGAGCUGUUGGGACCAUGUAGAGUGG